UUGCUAAGGUUUAAUUGCAGAGCGAUGUCAUAUGUCGAAGUAGGAAAUUUAGUUAGUGCCGACGUAAAUAGCAAAUAAGUACAUAAAGAUAUCCGAGAGGUAUUGAAUUCAGUAUGCACUUCGACGAAGAUUUUGCAUUGGCGCUGCAGCUACAAGAACAGUUUAUUAAAGAAAACGUUAUAGAACUGAAACCUGAGUCUGUAAUAAGUUCACAUACAAACAAAAUUCCAGACAUCAAAUACAAGGAAAACAGUAAUAAGAAGAAAUCUCCUAAACAAACUUCCAUUGUAGACCCAUCAUGGGAGUAUGUGGAUCCAACACCAGAUAUACAUGCUCUGUUUACGCAGUUUGAUAACCGAUUCUUCUGGGGAAAGUUGAGGACAGUGGAAGUGAGGUGGAGCCCAAGAAUGACUUCGUAAGGAUGUUUCUGUAAAGAUAUUAUCCUCACUUAAAUUCUCUAAGUAUAUCGAUGUCAAAGGACGGAGUCCCAUA